AUGGCCGGCGUGCAUGCCACUACCAGCACCACGAUAGCACCUACUUCCAGCAGUGUCAUUUCACCAGGUCCUUGCAAAGAUGAUUCCUGUAGCAGUGAUGCUUCGUGUGUGGGUCUGAAUAAUUCAUACUUUUGCCUGUGUAUUGAUGGGUAUUACUAUAAUUCUUCCACAUGCAAGAAAGGAAAGGUUUUCCCUGGAACAAUUAAAGUAAAUGUAUCAGAAACAUCUGGCUUGGAAGAUGAAAAGUCGAUGGCCUAUAAAAACUUAUAUGUGGAAAUCAUAAAAUUCUUCGAAGGUGCAUUUACAAAUCUGGAUUUUGGACAGACGGUGAUUCAUAAAGUGAGAAUACCUGCUUCGGCAAGAUCUGAAAUGCGUGCUGGUAACAAGCUUGUUGAUGUAACAGUAGUAAACCUUUUUGCAGAAAACGCAAAAGAAAAUGAGAUGACCAUAUCUAAUGCAAUUGAUAAAGCAGUUGCAAACAACCGUAAUACCUUUUCAGACUAUACUACGCAAGAUCGGUGUGAUUACUAUGGUUGUGAGAAGGCGCAAGAUGACUGCAGGGACAUCUUACAGUGCAAGUGCAAACCGGAACUGUCAAGGCCCAACCCACAGACGGCUUUGUGUCUUGCUUUGGGUUCAAAGUGUCCUGAUAACUGCAAUGCAGAGCACAACAAGCAGUGCCUGGUGCGGAGCAGUGGGAGCCCUGACUGCGUGUGCCUGCCGGGCUACCAGAAGGAUGCCCAGGGGAGCUGCCAAGCGUGUCCAUUUGGCUACAGUGGAGUCAACUGUGAAGACGAAUUUCAGCUGAUUCUCACUAUCGUGGGCACCGUUGCUGGCAUCCUCAUUCUUGGCAUGGUGAUUGCACUUAUCUACCUGAGAUCAAAGAAGAAUAAGGGUAUUGAAGAACAGAACCUGAUUGAGAACGACUUUCAGAGUCUGAGACUGUCGACAACAGGCUUCAGCAAUCUCGGAGCAGAAGGGAGCAUCUUCCCUAAAGUCCGAGCCACCUUCAAGGACAGCCCCGCGCAGAAUCCCUACUCGCAGAAUCCCUAUUCACAGAGAAACAUGCCCCGCCCCGACUAUUAG